CUACUACGAUGUUAUUGUGUUGACAGUGAGUGAGUGACAAUGUAGUAUUAAAAAAUGACAAUUUUUGGCAUUUUAUCGAGAGUCAAAGCAUAGUUUAUCAAGGCCAUGAGCGAAGUUUUAGCAAUAGAGAGUGCUUCAGCGGAUUUAAGCAGUGAUGAUGAUGACGAACUUGCGUCCAUUUUCUCCGAUCCCGAUGACGAAGAAUUAACACCACGACGUCGAGGAUUAUCGUGUGGAAUGGUCAGCAAGUCUAAGAGUGACUCCUUUUGUGACUGUCUGAAGAAAAAGAGAGAAAAGUUCUGUGUAUGCGGUGAGGAAAAUACAAGAUUUGAGUGGGUAUGGGAUGAUGAAUCCAAAUCAGCAGCUAGCUGUAUUAAAGAUGAUUUCCGUGAAGUGAUGUUUCAUAUUGACUAUAGUUGUGGUACUGCCGCAGUCCGUGGAACAAUGCCAAUGAAGAAUGAUCAGUACUUCUGGGAGAUUAAGAUGACAACACCAGUGUAUGGGACUGAUAUGAUGAUUGGGGUGUGCACCGGUGACCUGGACCUGAACCACUGCCGACAUAUAUUCUGCAGUAUGAUUGGUUUGGACAGUAAUUCUUGGGGAAUGUCUUACUCUGGACAGAUCCAACACAAACAAAUAAAAGAGUCCUAUUCCAGCAAGUUUGGCCAGGGUGCCAUUAUAGGAGUCCAUCUUGACAUGUGGCAUGGAACAUUAUCAUUUUACAGAAAUAGAAAACCAUUAGGAGUAGCAUACCAUGGACUUCAGGGGCGAAUUCUGUAUCCCAUCGUGUCAUCCACGGCCGCUAGGAGUGGGAUGAAGGUGAUCAGUAACAGUUCAUUUCCCACCUCCCUACAAUUCAUGUGUUGUCAAAUUAUGCGUAAAGUCAUACCCUCCCAUUUAGAUGUACUUAAAGAGGUCAGCCUUCCUCCAGGGUUGAGAGGGUUUCUGGAGAACAAUGUUAGGUGGCUCCUCAAGCCGUGUCCUGCACAAAGUGCCAACAAAGAGAAACCCAAAAAGAGGCCAGCAGAGGAAUCAGACUCGGAGGAAAAGCCCAAUACAAGUACAAAAAGGUUAAAGAUUUGAUGAGGGGACCAUUAUUGUUUAGUUCAAAAACUUGAAAAUUUUCUGUGGAACUAACCCAGAAAAAAAGGCAUGCUAUUGUGAACAUCACUACAAAGAAAUCAUGCCAAGAUUUCUCUUUUUGAAUCGGGACUCAAAGUCAUCAGUUAAAACUCAAUAUGUCAUUCAAAAUUUUUUGUAUUUUAAUCAUUCUCAUUGUCUAUAUGGAACAGUUUUAUUAUACAGUGUUAUUGUACAUGGCACUUCUUUGUACAAAGCAGUCUGAAGGAAUUACUAGCUUAGUGUGAACACUAAUGUUAAAAGUUUUUAAUUCUUGCAACAAUGUGCCAUAGUCAAAUAUUUCUCAAAAUAAGUUAAACAUGUCAAAACUUUUAAUAUACUUACUAUAUUUCAUCUGGUAUAAUUGUAUGCUAUACAACUGUACAACAAAUGCUUUAGUCGUGUUAACCUUAAGGUUUUCCAGUACUGUUUAAGCACCUAAAAAAUCAGCUUGAUAUUUCUAUCAACACCUAUUUCAGUGCAACUUCAUAUAUUUUUUUUUAUAUUUUCACAUAGAUAUAAUCAGUUGUGGUAUACAUGUAUUAUUGUCAUUAUAAAUACAAGGUGGAAAAUAAUGUCUCCUAGUGUUUUUCAAUUGCAUUUUCAGAAUUUGUUAGCUGGUUUAUUUUUUGUGGGAUAUAUUUUUCAAAUCAUUACAUAUUUGUAGUUUUUCUGACCAUCUAUCAUGAUCAUUGAAGCAAAGAUGUUUCUACUGUGUUGCAACUAGUGCUACAUUUUACAAUUAUUUUUAGUUAAAUAAAACUGUAUUAAAUUUUA